AAAAGAAAAGAAAAGAAAAGAAAAGCCUUCUUCAUUUCUCUCCCUUCAAACAAACCCGUCUCUCCGAUCAUCAAAACUUUUUUUUGGGUAGAGGUGUGAAUUGUUGGAAAAGGACAAUAAUAAUAAUUUAGUAGGGUUUGGGUUGAGCGGCGAUGGAGUCAGAGGAUGACAUGCACGAUGCGAAUGAUGCGGAGUCCCUCGACGAUGACUUCUACAGCGGCGAGACCGCCUUGGACUCUGACGACGCCGAUUACGACUUCAUUGACAACGAUUCCGAUGAUUCCGACGACCUCCUCUCUCUGCUCCACCAGCAAAGCUAUACCAUCUUAAGUGAAGCUGAUAUUCAUCAACGGCAAGAGGAAAAUAUUAUGAAGAUAUCUACAGUGCUUUCUAUUUCAGGGGUCGCUGCUAGCAUCCUGCUCCACCACUAUAAUUGGAGUGUUAGUAAAGUGCAUGAUGAAUGGUUUGCAGAUGAAGAAAAAGUCCGUAGGGCUGUUGGCUUGUUGGAGAAACCUGUUCCAUUCCCAGAUGUUAGAGAACUGACUUGUGGGAUUUGCUUUGAAACCUAUCCUCGUGAUAGGAUGAGUGCUGCUGCUUGUGGUCACGGUUUCUGCGGUUCAUGCUGGCAAGGUUAUAUUAGCACUGCCAUUAAUGAUGGUCCAGGAUGUUUGAUGCUACGAUGUCCUGAUCCAUCUUGUCGUGCUGCUGUCGGUCAAGACAUGAUUAAUCUAUUGGCUUUUGCGGAUGACAAAGAGAAGUAUAACCGUUACUUUCUCAGAUCAUUUAUUGAAGACAAUAGGAAGACCAAAUGGUGUCCUGCUCCUGGCUGUGAUUAUGCUGUGGAUUUUAUUGUUGGUAGUGGAAGCUAUGACGUUACUUGCCACUGUUCAUACAGCUUUUGCUGGAAUUGUACGGAGGAAGCUCACCGUCCAGUUGAUUGUGGUACUGUGGCUAAGUGGAUUUUGAAGAAUAGUGCCGAGUCUGAAAAUAUGAAUUGGAUAUUGGCUAAUUCCAAGCCUUGUCCUAAGUGCAAGCGGCCGAUUGAGAAGAACCAUGGUUGUAUGCAUAUCACAUGCACGCCACCUUGCAAAUUUGAGUUUUGUUGGCUCUGCCUUGGUCCAUGGUUAGAUCAUGGUGAGAGAACAGGUGGCUUCUACGCGUGCAAUCGUUAUGAGACAGCAAAGCAAGAUGGAGUGUAUGAUGAAACUGAGAAACGAAGAGAGAUGGCUAAAAACUCUUUAGAAAGAUAUACCCAUUACUAUGAAAGAUGGGCUACUAACCAAUCGUCUAGGGAAAAAGCGCUUGCAGACCUGCAGCAGAUGCAAACUGUGCAUCUAGAGAAGCUGAGUGACAAACAGUGCCAGCCUGAAUCGCAACUUAAGUUCAUAACAGAGGCCUGGCUACAGAUAGUUGAAUGUAGGCGGGUGCUAAAAUGGACAUAUGCUUAUGGAUAUUAUUUACCUGAGCAUGAACACGCGAAGAGACAAUUCUUUGAGUACUUGCAAGGGGAGGCUGAGUCUGGGUUGGAGCGUCUUCAUCAAUGUGCAGAGAAAGAGCUACAAGUGUAUCUCAAUGCAGAUGAGCCAUCAAAAGACUUCAAUGAGUUCCGCACAAAAUUAGCAGGACUGACCAGUUCCAAAUCCCAAAUCCACGAAGCAGCAAUUUCCAAAACAGAAAGAAAAUAGGUAUAGCAGUCGAGAAUAAGCAGAGUGAAUAUGGAGUGCCAAACAAAAGAAACUUGGUUAAAAUGUACCAGAUAUAAUCAGUAUAAUGGGUUGUCACAAGCCAAAUUACUAUGUGUGAUAUUCCUACCAGCCACCAAAAGCUUAUAGGGAAAGCUAAAUAUUUGGGUGCAGUACAAGAGAAGUGGAAGUAUGGAAAGCUUGGUAAAGGAAAAUGUAAAGGAAGGAUCUUAGUGGGUAAUAGUUGGCAGACUACCUUGAGCCCAAAAGAAUGCAAUUUGUGGCUUCAGAACACUUGGUCACUCCUGAUGAAGCCACCCAAGGUACUGAAAUUAUGAUGAGUGGCAGCACUACUUGGGGAAACGCAUGGUGAAUGGUAGUAUGAAAGAGAGAAGAGGAUGAGAACAAAACAGCAUACCUGAGGGAUAGGCAGAGAAGAACAGUACAGGUAAAGUAGAAACAGAGAAGAGAAAGUAACAGCAGUGGGGAAAGAAACGGCGGCAGAGAAGACAAAAUAGAACCAGCAGCCGCAAGCGACAGAUGAAGAAAGCAGCAGGGCAGAGGAGAGAAUGAAGAAAAACAAAGAUCAAAGAAGAAAGUGGCAGUAACAGAAAAGAAAGAAGCUGCAGUGCAGGGGGUGGGAAAAGAGUGAAGAAGCAAGUAGGAAAAGGGAAGAGCAGAGAUUACAGUGAGAAAGAGAUAGAAGAGAAAGCAACAUGAGAAGGGGAGAGAAGCAGCUGUGAAGUUGGGUUUUUCCACAACAGUUUCAUAUUCAAAAACUUCAAACUAAAUAUCUGACCAUUUGUCAUUGAGAAUCGUAUCAUGAAUUGAAGUCCAAUUUUUGUGACUCAGGAUGCAUAGCACGCAACUUACUGCUUUUUAUUGAGACUUUCUUUCUUUUUUCC